CUCCCAGGCACUGGCAGAUAAGAUGCUGGGCUCCUUGUCAUGCUGAGCCAUAGGGCUGGCUCACGAGGAGCUGCCAGCAGGACUUCAUGAUUUGGGAGACCCAAACCUUCAGCAGUAUGUUGCUCAGUUUCUUUCUAAGUUUGUAUGCUGUCUGACAGCUGCAAAGCCAUAUUUUAAGUUGCGAACGAGCAAACUUUCUACUGGUUUCAUGGGCUGAAGAUAAAUGAUACAGUUAGAAUUGCUCCGGACACGUGCAGGGCUGAAUUUAGAACCAGCAAAGAGUCAGGCUGGCAGGAGGCUGAAGCUUGGGUUUGCGCAGCAGCUACGAGCCAUGGCGCUGUGAGCACCCCUCCAGGCUGUACUACUGGCAUGUUUCUCUGCUGACCUGGUGGAAAAAACUCUCUGGCUGGAAUUGAGCUCUGGAAAAACAAAGUGGAGCUUGGAGCAUGUGGCCUGAGGAUUGCCUUACAAAGCCAGGGGUGGUAGCUAAGAAGUGAGCAGGAUGCCCCCAGGCAUUUACUGCCCUAUGGAAUUCUGGUCCAAGGGGGAAAACCAAAACAUCCAGGUGGACUUUCUGCUGCCCACAGGCAUAUACUUAAACCUCUCUGUGUCCUGCAAUGCCAGCUUGGGCACCAUCAAGCAGGUGGUGUGGAGGCACGCUCAGUAUGAGCCGCUCUACCAUAUGCUCAGUGAUCCCGAGGCCUAUGUCUUCACGUGCAUCAACCAGACAGCAGAACAGCAAGAGCUGGAGGACGAGCAACGGCGGCUUUGUGACAUCCAGCCCUUCCUACCGGUACUGCGGCUCGUGGCUCGAGAAGGCGACAGGGUCAAGAAGGUUAUUAACUCCCAGAUCAGCCUGCUCAUUGGAAAAGGUUUGCACGAGUUCGACUCUGUCCAGGAUCCAGAGGUGAACGAUUUCCGCACCAAAAUGUGCCAGUUCUGUGAGGAGAGAGCAGCAAAGCGGCAGCAGCUCAGCUGGGCAGCUUGGAUGGAGUACAACUUUCCCUUGCAGCUGGAGCCCAUGGCCAAAGGCCUUGGGACUGGCCCUCUACAUAUCCCCACCAAGAACAUUUUUGUCAACGUGAAGUUUCAGUCUGGCGGGGAGAGCUUCACUUUCCAGAUCUCCCCAAAGGAGUUCCCCAUCACGUUAAUGAGCUAUGCUAUCAAGAAGCAGGCUACUGUCUUCCGCCACGAGACAGUGGAGAACCCAGAGGACUACACCCUGCAGGUGAAUGGGAAGUAUGAAUACCUCUAUGGGAACUACCCUCUGUACCAGUUCCAGUAUAUUCGGAGCUGCCUGCACCAAGGCCUAACGCCCCACCUGACCAUGGUACACUCCUCCACCAUCAUUGCUAUGAGAGAUGAGCAAACCAACUGUAUUACCAGCCCCCCAAAGAUGGCUGCCAAGCCUCCCCCGCUCCCUAAGAAAAAGCCAAACUACAGCUCUCUCUGGUCCUUAGAGCAGUCUUUCUACAUUGAGCUGGUGCAAGGCAGCAAGGUCAACGCAGAUGAGAGAAUGAAGCUGGUGGUGCAAGCAGGUCUCUUCCAUGGCAACGAGAUGCUGUGCAAGACAGUGUCAAGCUCUGAAGUGAAUGUGUGCUCGGAGCCAGUGUGGAAGCAGAGGCUGGAUUUUGAUAUUAAUAUCUGCGAUCUUCCCCGUAUGGCACGGCUCUGCUUUGCCCUCUAUGCUGUCAUCGAGAAGGCAAAGAAGGCACGUUCCACCAAGAAGAAGUCCAAGAAAGCUGACUGCCCGAUUGCCUGGGUGAACGUCAUGCUCUUUGACUAUAAGGACCAGCUGAAAACAGGGGAGUGCUGCUUGCACAUGUGGUCCUCCUUUCCAGAUGAGAAAGGGGAACUUCUGAACCCGAUGGGCACGGUACAAUGCAACCCCAACACAGAGAGUGCAGCAGCCUUGGUCAUCUGCUUCCCCAGCGUUGCAUCGCAUCCUGUGUAUUACCCGUCGUUUGAGCAGCUGCUGGAGCUGGGGAGGAAUGGAGAGCAACCCCGUGCUGUACCAGAAGAUCCUGAGGAGAAGCUGCAACUGAAGGAGAUACUGGAGCGGAGGAGCCACACUGAACUAUAUGAACAUGAGAAGGACCUGGUGUGGAAGAUGAGAUACGAUAUCCGUGACCAGUACCCACAAGCUUUGGCAAAGCUGCUUAUCAUCACCAAAUGGAACAAGCAUGAAGACGUUGCCCAGAUGAUUUCCCUGCUUCAGACCUGGCCAGAGCUGCCUGUCCUGAAUGCCUUGGAGCUGCUGGAUUUUAGCUUUCCUGACCGUUACGUUGGUUCCUUUGCUAUCAACUCAUUAAAGAAGCUGACAGAUCAUGAGUUGUUCCAAUACCUGCUACAGCUUGUCCAGGUGCUUAAGUACGAAUCCUACUUAGACUGUGAAUUAACCAAGUUCCUGCUGGACAGGGCGUUAUCCAACCGCAAGAUCGGCCACUUCCUCUUCUGGCAUCUGAGGUCAGAAAUGCAUGUUCCUGCAGUUGCCUUGAGGUUUGGGCUCAUCCUGGAAGCGUACUGCAGAGGCAGCACCCACCACAUGAAAGUUUUGAUGAAACAGGGAGAAGCACUCAACAAGAUGAAAGCUCUGAAUGACUUUGUUAAAGUGAGUUCUCAGAAGGCCACCAAGCCUCAAACCAAGGAGAUGAUGCAUAUGUGCAUGAAGCAGGAAACAUAUCUCGAAGCACUUUCCCACCUCCAGUCCCCCCUGAACCCCAACAUUAUCCUCGCUGAAGUUUGCGUGGAUCAGUGCACCUUUAUGGACUCCAAAAUGAAACCUUUAUGGAUUGUGUUUAAUAAUGAAGAGAGAGGCGGAAGUGGAGUGGGUAUUAUUUUUAAAAAUGGAGACGAUCUUCGUCAGGACAUGCUGACGCUGCAGAUGAUCCAGCUGAUGGACAUCCUGUGGAAGCAGGAGGGCCUGGACCUGAGGAUGACCCCUUAUGGCUGCCUCUCCACAGGAGACAAGACGGGACUGAUAGAAGUAGUCAUGCAUUCAGACACCAUUGCCAACAUCCAGCUGAACAAGAGCAACAUGGUGGCCACUGCAGCCUUCAACAAGGAUGCGCUGCUGAACUGGCUGAAAUCCAAGAACCCAGGUGACGCAUUAGAACAAGCUAUAGAGGAGUUCACUCUUUCCUGUGCUGGGUACUGCGUGGCAACGUACGUGCUGGGGAUAGGCGACCGGCACAGUGAUAACAUCAUGAUCCGGGAAACUGGACAGCUUUUCCAUAUUGAUUUUGGUCACUUUUUGGGGAACUUCAAGACUAAAUUUGGUAUUAAUAGAGAACGAGUUCCUUUCAUCUUAACUUACGACUUUGUGCAUGUCAUCCAACAAGGGAAAACUAACAACAACGAGAAGUUUGAAAGAUUCAGGGGUUAUUGUGAAAAAGCCUAUAUGAUUCUGAGGCGCCACGGUCUUCUCUUCCUGCACUUGUUUGCACUGAUGAAAGCUGCUGGCCUGCCAGAACUCAGCUGCUCUAAAGACAUUCAGUAUCUAAAGGAUUCCCUAGCUCUUGGGAAAACAGACGAGGAGGCACUGAAGCACUUCAGACUGAAGUUUAAUGAAGCCCUGCGAGAGAGCUGGAAAACCAAAGUGAACUGGCUGGCGCACAACGUAUCCAAAGAUAACAGACAGUAGCGCAAUUUCGGCCUGCACGCUUGCGCCAAGAGAAUGUAAUACCUGCACUGAGUCCAGCAAGUGUAGACAGGUUUUUAAAGGCUGAUGGAUAUUGCCGUGUUGAAGACCCUGCACCUGCGUUCCCAGAGAUCAGACAGUUCUGCAUGACUGAAAAAUUGUUGGACUGUCGUCAGCCACAUAAUCAUGUCUCCUGUAGGUCUUUGGGGGACAAGGGAGAGACGUGAGGCAAUAAAAUUACUGCAUACAGUGAAAGGUAGGUCGAUGUACUGUAUCCUUAAGAACUUGUUAUGCUUCAAAUACAUCUUCUAAUGGAAGAGUUCAGGCAGUUGUAACAUCCUUCCAGUGUGUUAAUGUGUCUAUUUCUAUUUUCUUUGAAGUCUAGCUGAACACUGAGAACCUUCUGUCCCUGUAGCGCUUAAUCCAUAGCCCAUCUUCCAGGUGCCCACCAUUACAGCUCAGAGGUGUUAACAUCACCACGCGAUCACUCCUCCUACCCUGUUUCAGUGUACAUGAUGGUAGGGAGCUUAAACCACCACAGAAGCUGAUGUGGACAAGUGUUUUACUCUGCAUUGUUUACAGGGUAAAAAUAUCUGUGCUGUCCUAUUACCUUCUCUCCGCUACUGAGGCCAAAGCGUUCUGAAACUGAACUGGAACCCAGCUGUCGCUGACAAAAACCUGAUGCCACAAGAACAGGUUGGCCAACAGGUUAGGUGUUUUUGUUUGCUUUCCAAAGCCAGACUUCGGUUCAGCCUCAAUCAAUUCCUGGGUUUUGGAGUUUAUUCUGGUUUUAAGCCUGAAAACAGUAAGCCUGCAUGUUCAAAACAGGCACGUAGCGUUGGUUGCUACACGUACCGCCUGCUGGGGUACAUCAGAGCUAGUUUGCCACCUGGUUUCCCUGUAAUACAUGCACGCAGGGCACUGGCCUCCACCUCUGUAAUCGCUGAGCUACAGCACUGCAGUGCCAGUGUCAGCUGGGACAGAUGGUACCAGUCUGUACCUGAGUUAUUUGGCCAGUCUGCCUUCCUGUGCAAGGACGGAGGAGUGCCAGAUGAGCGCUUUUAACACUGAAACAGUGACUUUAGCGUAAGCUGCAUCUCAACUCUCAUCUUCUUACAAAUUUAUUCCGUUCCUUUCCACACUCUUCCUCCUCUCAGCCACGGUACUUGACUCCUUGUCUGUUGUUAGAGCUGGUGUGGAAAGACUGUGUCGGUAUGUGUGGGUUCAGCCAAAGAACAAGCCGCGGUCAUCUGUGCUGGUACCUACAGCAGGACAAAGUGUCUCCUCCGGCCUCCUCCUGUUGUCACUGCUGCCUCUGUCUCCUUCCCAAGCAGAAUCUGUCCUGUCUCCCACAAGGUGCUGUAAUCAAUCACGUACUUCUACUCAUGUGUCAUAUUUUUGUCUCCAGCUCGCGUCCUCACCUGGCGAGCAGUUCUGAGCGCUGGUGUUGCACAGGGACAGAUGAACGGGAGCCACUGCUGCCCCUCAGUGCCCUGCUUGAGCACAGCGAGGUGCACCACGCACUACGUGACAGCUGGGAGAUGGGGGAGUAGCAGAGCUGUAAAGGUGGUAAAGGAAAACUGCUUCCAUUAGCAGCUCCCCGGGGUGCUGCCUUCCUUCCGUUCCCCCACGGUCUCCACAUCAGGUUCCUGGAGGUGCUAUCAUUCCUGCCUUUUAAAGACUAGCAUAGUCUAAUUUGCAGGACACCCCUAAAGCAAAAUGCUGUAUUUAAUUUGUAUGCCCUUAACUAGGUUGAGCAAUUUUCUUUUAUUCAUACAGCUGUGUUUUAACCUCUUUUUUUUACUCUUACUUAUGUAGGUUAAAAAAACCACAGGCAUUUCAGAUCCUAUUUCUCAAGUGACACACGUAUUGUCAAAUGACAGACUACUCUCUCGUGUAAAUUUAGCUUUCAUACCUGGUUUAAAAUUCCCACAAAACCAACAGGUUUAGGACUGAGACAGGACCAGCCUGUUUAUUCUUUCUUAAUAAAUCUUCCCUGUCAUGGGAUGGUUUGAUUUGCUAGUGGGUUUGCAUCCAGCACAUAGGUGCAACUCAUUCCUGACUUUUGGCUUUUUUUAAUACUUUAAAAUCAGGUAACCCUGUAAUUCAAAAUUAGAAGAAUGCUGCCCUAUCCUGGCUAAAGCCACUCUUUUUUUUUUUUUCCCUUAAGAGGACAAGUUCAAAUGUAUUUGUUCUUCAUCAGCUGCAUAGCUAAGUUAACACUGCCUUAAAAAAGUAACUUCUAGCCUAAGUAGAAACGAACAGUAGUAGGUAAUCCUGGGUUUGGUCAGUGAAGGAAUACAAAACACCUUUAAUAAACCCUUCCCUCGUUAUCUUUACAUACAAACAGAUGCUAGCAGAUUAGGAUUUAGCGUUACAUUGUUGGUAGUUUCCGAUUUCAAGUACUGUUUCUCUUCGUAAAAGAUGGUUUUCUAUGAAGUCUAUUCUAUGCUGUUUUGUAUCCAUUAGUACAAACCAGGUUGCCUCCAACAGAGCACCAGUUACUAGACGAAGCAGUGAUAUAGAAGACAACUAAUUUUAACUGCAUAUAACCCUUGGAGAUCCCCUUUUUCUACACCUUUCUAAUGAUACUAUAUGUGACCGAGAAGCAGCCAGAAUAUUUCAAGCCAGUGUGGCAUGUACCCUUCCCAGUGAUCCAAAUUACUUCCUAACCCAUUCCUCUGUAACAGUUCUUGAGCCUGUUAAUAGUGAGUAGUACUGAAAGUACCUUUGCAGCAAUUGUUUUUGCUGUACCUUCUCUGUGUUACAGACCCUUGUUAGCUUUGUGUCUCUCCCUAACUCUGCAUUUGACCAUAACACUAGGAAAACAACAGUUGACAAAUGCAUACAAACAGACCCAGAGGAAACCAAACACCGUCCCGAGCGGAGCCAGCGCUCUAGAGCUGCUGCUGCUUCUAGAGAUUAGACUAAAAGAAACUUCCUGUAGCCUUUGAGUGUUGUCCUCUGUCAACGAAGAGCUCUCUGCAAUGUGUUGUAAAUUACUUCCACUGAUAUGGUUCUCCUGAGUCUAGAAUAUUACUCAUGGUUUUCUUUAACUGGACAGGUUUCAAAUUGAAUCUCAGAACAGUGCAUCCAUAUUUGCAAUCGGAAGUGUUAAAUUGUUGGCCAGUUCAAUUUUGUAUGUAAGCCACCAGGUGGUUUUUUUUUAGCUGUUUUAAGUACUAUAAUUUUCCUUUACUGUGCCAGAUUAUAUAGCCUCAUGCUUCACAGGCUCAGAGGGUUCUGGGUGUCACAAUUUAAAUUAGGAGUAGGAAGAUGCUUGUAUCUCUUACAGCUAUUAAGAAAAAACCCAUUACCAUCAGGCCUUGGACAAAUGCAGAAGUUUCCAUGGGGUGGCAGGUUACCAUGUGUCAGCUGCUCCACCACAACCAACACUCUGUGGUGCACAGCCAGAUGCUGCUGUACACCAGCUGACGGCUGUAUCGCUUCCCUUAUUCCCCCCGCGAGAAACAGGUCACACGAUGGUACUGGGUACUUCCCCAUUAACGUGCAGGACUAACACACACAAUGAAUUUCUGGUGAGCACCUUGUUUGUGCAUCAAACCUUGGUGUCACCUACGCUCUGGGAUGAUGCUUUUACCAGGUUCUACCAUCAUCCUCUAACAAUUUGAUGCCAUCUUUUGUAAUUCUGCGAGGGUUUUUUUCAGAGCCAGAUUAGUGGAGACCAAGCAUUCUGCACCCAAGCGUAAGGGGAUACAUAGAAAAUUUGCCACAAUGAUGGAAUAAAGGUUGGCGGGGAUCCUGCUGAAAUACUAAACAGGAAGUGCAAAAAGGAAAACAGAAGCCCAAUACUUCAUCUUUAACAGCUGUUUUGAUAUUAGAAGAAAAUACUGCAGGAGCUAGAGCUCUUUGCAUGAUAAUCAGUGAGAAGACGGUACUGCACCCAUCUAAAUCACCGCUCCCUCAGUCGGGGGAGGCAGACAUUUGUGAUCUCUUUGUGUCCCCUCCUGUGGGGUGGUCGCCCAGACUCUCUGCUUGCAGAGUUCCCUGUGGCCAUACGGCUUUGCUCCAUUUUAGGGAACAGAUAAAAUUACUAUUGCCUUUCUUACUAAACUAAUGUACAGAGCAAAAAGUAUGCAAAAAUAUCAGGCCACACAGGCAAGGUGCUAUGCACUGAAACCACAACCACCUUACCAGCAGUUUGUAAGCUCUUGUGGAAGGGAAGAAACAUACUACAGUUCUGUACAGGUAAAAGCAAGUCUCUUACAUUGCCACAAACUGAUAAUCCAGGAUCGUGCCCGUCAUACUGCAGCAAGGCAGGCUUACCUAGUAGGUUCCUUAGUCACUCUUACGCACGUGGUUCACAGGCUUGCAGCAGUUCAUACCUUCAGCCGUCGCUUUGGUAGUGGUUCCAGAAAACUCGGCCCUUAAUAUAGUUUUACAGAAGUACAAAGCAGCAGUGGCUCACGUCAUCCGUCCUUCAAUUUUAGAAGUGCAAUAAAACAAAACUGUGUCAGUGUAAACUGCAAGAACUGAGCAAUUCCAAAGGUGUUUCUCAAUCCAGUUUUCCAGAGAGGUUACCUAGUUUAGAUAACCAACUUGACUUACCUACAGAAGUAAAACUAUCAAGGAGUCAGCAAGUGCACCUUCCUCCUUGCACACCGCUGGAAUAGCAUCUUGAGUCGAAGUCUGAUGGCUGUAUCAGGUCAGCAAAGAGCCUUUGACUCCCAAUUUACAAAGAAUUACAAAGCAACAGCUCACCCGAUAGUUUUCAGCAAGUUGUACUGAAGAUUGAAACCUAAAUCACUUUCAAAAAUAUUACAUUUCACUAUAAAUAAGUACCUUCUGAUUUUAUAAAUAUGCUCAAAGUGGUACCCCUUUCUAUUUCUAUUUAUUUAGAGAUGUUUCUGUGAUUAUUUUUUUUAACUCUGUACAAACUGAUUGUGCUUAUUCUGUUGCCUUUGAAAAAGAAAUAUUUUUUUAAGCCAAACUCUGGUUCUGUAAGAAGAUAAAUGUUUACAUGUUGAACUUUUCAGUUGCUUUAGGUACAUGUUUUCUAAGUCAAAAAUAAAGAAAAAUGAUUGAGAAAUUGUACACACACGCAGCCACAGUCUGUCUAUGCUUGAAACAAAACUCUCCUACUGCCAGCGGCAGAGGCAAAUUAACACACCGUUAAUGUAACUUGAUGGAGCUUAGUUCCAUUCGGUAAGAAAGAAAUGCAAACAACUUUUAGAACCAGAAAUUUAUUGUAGCUUAUAGACUUUCCAAACUGACCUGUUACCAAUAUACACAUCUGAAAAGUUAUACCCACAGUGGCUACAAACUGCAUCAGGACGUUUACAACCUUUCAGUAUUACCAUUAAGCCAUGAUCAGUUUUGGUCUAAAAUACAGCAGCUACAGCAACAGCAUAUGGAAGGAUAAGUCUUCUACACAUUAACACAGGACAACUGUAAGACAUAAGUUAAAAGUUCCCCAGUUUACUUAAAACUAGCAGUUAUAUUACCACGUAAGUAGUCAAAACCAUUUCCCCAUUUUAGAAAUCUAAAAUUUUACAUGUUAAAAAAACAACCCCAAAGAACGGUAAGCUAGUUGUGUGGGUUCUCUUCCCUGCUUCCAGGUCCAGCUACUAUUUAGAAGGCACUCCACAGCCAAGCGUUACCCCAGAUAAAACCCACCAUUAGAUCCCAUUACACUCACCACUAGGUGAGAAUAGGUCUGCUCUGAAAAUCAAAACCAUAGAAACAUUUGGAUCAGGCUUUAUCUUGUAUCUCUUUGAAUUAUGACCCUUUGCGCCCCCACCCUUUGGCUUGCUUGCUGCUCCUCUCGCACGCUUACCGCAUGCCACGUGUCCCUGCUGUGUGCUGCCAGCCACUAACUAGCCUGCUAGGAGCUGCGUGCUCUGUGCACCUAGAACGUCGGCAGACUACAUACACGCUCAAAAACCAGAACUUUGCUUACCGUGCGGAGCAGUGAAUGGAGUCCUAGUCUCCGGUUACAAGCAAAACAAGUUACUCUCUUUAAUCCACUUCCAAACAUAAGAAUCAAGUAAGCAGAUAUUCGUUAUUCAAGGCUCUGUGUAAGACCAAAUAAAGUUAAAUAAACAAGACCUGCCUUACAAAAAACUAGCACUCUCCACCACGGGUCAUAACUUACUUUUCGUACCUUUCAGCUAUUUCUUUAGAAAAGUCCUUUGCAAUUCCAAGUUAGAACUUUGAUCAGAAAUAACCAAAAUCAUCUGGACUUGGAAGAAUAUUAACGUGAUGCCCAAGGUUUUCUGGUUGGAUAGUUUAUGCUAUAGUUUUCACCAGCAGGAAAACACAAUUACUAAGUGUAAACAAAGGCUUAAUACACCAACAGUCCAAGUUACUGUACAAGGGGCUACAGGGAAUGAACAGGAGUGUGUUUAGUAGAAAUGGUAUCAGCUAUGCCCCAAACCCUCCCGCUACCAAAUCAGAAAAACUGAACAGCCAAAAAAAAAAAAAAAACAAAAACCCUAAACCCCAAAACACCUAUCUAUGUAGACUGGUAGCCAAGGUGCACAGGUACACAGGUCUCAGGCUUUCCAGCUUCAGUUACCAAUGUAACAAGCCAUCAGCUCAACGAAUAAUGCACCCCAUCAGCAGUAUGAACAGCC